AUGACCAGAAAUUAUAUCUCACAACAUCAGAAGGAGCUGAAUCUAAAGGCGCAGGAACUGCAGGUAGCCUGUGCUGAGCUUUCCUCUCUGCCCUCUGGCCGGACUACUUAUCAGAAACGUGGUGCGAUUUUCUUCCUCGCUGACAGCAGUACGCUCAAGGAGAAGAAGCAAGAGGAACUCUCAAGACUUGUACCUGCAGCUGAUGGGGAUGGGUACGACGGGCCUGGUCAGGCGUCUGCUGGGACAGCGGCUACAGCUGGAGCCGCAGCGGCUGCUAAUGGCGAAACCCGCGUGCCGCUUCUGUUCUCUCAGGACUGGGGGGACGAGAGCGAGGACAUAGAGCAGCAGUCCUUCCCGCCCUCCCCCUCACUUACCCCUAACCUUUCCCCGCUUUUCGCGCCACACUGGUCUUGGAGGCGCCAUGCUGGUAUUGGACGUGAGGUGAUCAGCGGGCCAGUGUCAGGCGGCAGCAAGCAGGUGCUGAGGAACGAGAAGCUGGGACUUGGGGGCCUCGAAGCUCGAGCCACAUUGGUAUUGGAGGUGAUCAGUGGGCCGGCGUCAGGCGGCAGGCUGGUGUUGAAGAAUGAGAAGCUGGAGCCAUGGCCGUCAGCCACCAUAGGGCGCGCCACGCUGGUACUGGAGGUGAUCAGCGGACCAGCCUCAGGCGGCAAGCUGGUGCUGAAGAACGAGAAGCUGGAGCCAUGGCCGUCCGCCACCAUAGGGCGCGUGAAGGCCAACGACCUGCAGCUGAACGAUGGGGAGGUGUCCAGCAAGCACGCCUAUGUCACCUGGAAUGCUCUGUCGGGGCGGUGGGAGGUGGUGGAUCGCGGGUCACUGAACGGCACGCUGCUGAACGAUGAGGCCAUCAACGCAGAGGCGGACGAGGAGGGCGAGCGCACCGAGGGGCGGCCGUGCCAGCUGGCUGAUGGCGACGUGAUCACGUGCGGGUCGCAGUCGCGUAUCCUGGUGCGCCUACUGGCGGACACGAGCAAGGUGGAGCACCCAUGCCCAGAUGCCCCGUGUGACAUCGCCAUAGCAGCCGACCCCAUGCGGGCACGCAAGGGGGGCAAGCCGCUGCCCAUGGAGGACGUGCCUCUGUGCGAGUGGCCUCUCAGAGGGUUACAGGACAUGGGCAUCUGCUGUGUGUUUGAUGGCCAUGCGGGCCGGCAGUGUGCCGACAACGUCAAGAGAAUCUUCCCAGAAAAACUCUCUCAAGAGCUGUUGAAGGGGGGCAAGCAUGUGGUGGUGCGCAUGAGCUGCAAUGCCUCGGACGUGCUGCGAGCAGCCUUCAAGGCGACAGAGGAGGAGCUCAAUAACGAGGAUGAGGGCUGCACUGCCACUGUGCUGCUCGUGUGGCGGGCCUUCCAGCCGCCCCACCGCGUGUGGGUGCAGGCAGGCAAUCUCGGAGACUCACACUGCGUGCUGGGUCUGGGCAGUGCAAGCGAGGAGGCAGUGGUGCAGAUGACAGAGGACCACCGGCUGACGGGGCCCGUGGAGAAGGGGCGCCUAGCGUCCAUUGGCAAGCCCAUGCGCGAUGGGGACACUCGGCUGUGCGGCAUGAACAUAGCGCGUGUGUUUGGAGACAAAUUCCUCAAGCAGCAGGGCGUGGGUCUCUCCUCGGACCCGUUCAUCCAUGCGCCCCUCCAGCUGCCCCUGCCAGAGGAAGGGGGCACGAGCAAGCCGGUCAUUGGAGUCAUUGCCAGUGACGGUUUAUGGGACGUGAUGUCAGUUAAACGAGCCAUUCAAGUGGCACUAGAGGCUCGGAAGGAACAGGAGGAGGGCGGGAUGGAGGGCGGUGCAGCAGAGGCAAUGGCAACAUUGCUUGAUGAUGGGCGGUUUUAUGACGGUGCUGGUGCUGGUGCUGGUGCUGGUGCUGGUGCUGGUGCUGGUGCUGGUGCUGGUGCUGGUGCUGGUGCUGGUGCUGGUGCUGGUGGUGGUGCUGGUGAUGAUGAUGGUAGCGCAGGCGGCGGCGGGUUUGACGGAGAUUCGAGAUCCGAUCCGCGUAUCGGAUCUUCGAGCCGCGUGGUCUCCGCGAGAGAGGUUUCAGGGGGAGCGGAUGUUGAGGGGGGGAUCUCGGACCGCGAAAGCGCGGAGCUGAAGCUUCGCGGAAGCAGCGUGGAGGUCGACGAGGACGAGGAGAAGGAUGACGUGGACGAGGGGACGAACGUGCUUCCGGCGCACGCGUUAGCAAACGCCGACGCGAUCAGUGCUGACGUGGCGGAGCUGACGUCAGCGUUGGAGGAGGAAGAAUCAGGGUUAGGGUUACAUCCCGAGUUAGACGUUGAGGGUUUGGAGCAUAUUAUCGACAUGGGCAGGCGGCUCGAGGGCAUGCCGCGGCGCGUGCAGCGAUUCAUGUUUGAGAAGAUGCUUAAAGUGAAGCCGGGCCGACCGCCGUCCAUGCAGCGCUUGAAACGGCAAUUUCAGAUGCGCAUUGUGGAUGUCAAUCGCACUGCCAAGGUCACCAAGGGAGGCAAGGUGCUGAGUUUCACAGCGCUGGUGGUGUGUGGGAACGGGCAAGGCACGGUGGGGUAUGGCAAGGGCAAGUCAGCAGAAAUGGGACUGGCGGUUGAUAAGGCCUACCUGCGAGCACUGAGGAAUCUGCAUUACUUCGACCGCUUCAGAGGGCGAACGAUUGCCGAAGCACAGAUGGCCAAAUACGGAAAGACAAAGGUUUACAUGUGGCCGGCACGCAAGGGAUCAGGCAUGAGUGCAGGGAGCACGCUGGCGGGCAUUCUGAGACUCGCUGGCUUCCAAGCCGUCAAGACCAAGGUGAUUGGCUCACGGCAUCCCCACAACACGGUGAAGGCAGCCUUCCAAGCACUCAGCAUGGUUACAGCCAAAGCAGAGGCAGGCCAGCACCAGCCACUUCGUAUCUCAGCUUGA